AUGGCAUGCAUUUUUUGGAUGCCUGGGUCUCAUAAUGAUAUCAACGUCCUUCACCGGUCUCCAUUAUUUGCAAACCUAGCAGAGGGUAUAGCUCCAGAGGUGAACUAUACUAUUAAUGGUCACGAUUACAAGAUGGGUUAUUAUCUCGCCGAUGGUAUAUACCCCUCAUGGGCUACUUUAAUGAAGUCCAUCUCUCUUCCUAUGGGGAACAAGAGGAAAUAUUUUGACAGGGCACAGGAAGCAGCUCAGAAGGAUGUUGAAAGAACUUUUGGGGUUUUGCAGUCUAGGUUUGCCAUUGUUCGACAACCAGCUCGCAUUUGGGACACAGAGACACUUGCAUUGAUCAUGAGGGCUUGUGUGAUCAUGCACAAUAUGAUUGUUGAAGAUGAAAUAGAUCUGGAUCCUAAUGAGCGAUUCGAUUAUGGUGGUGAAAAUGUGCAACCUUCUCAUGGCAUUCCUACUUGCACACUAGCUGAAUUUAUUGAAGCACAGAAAAAGAUCCGAAACAAGGAAAUACAUUUCCAGUUGAAAGAAGACCUCAUCGAGCACCUAUGGAACCAACAUCCUGAUUUAUAUCCUAUGGAACCAGCAUCAUGA